AUGAAGCACAUGGUCACGGCCCACAACUGUGCUGCAACCCUCACUAACAAGCUGCUACAUAGAUCCAACAGAUCACGGAAGAACAAUCUCUGUGUAAGAGGCCUGCCAGAAAUAGUAGGAGAAGCAGACAUAGAAACUGGCCUUGUAAUCUGCUUCCAACAAAGCUUGCCAGAUAUCCCUGACCAUCUAUGGGGUGUCCUCAGAGCCAGAGGCCCGAAAAACAGCCCACCCAGGGUUGUAAUAAUGAAAUGGCACUACUUCAAGACAAAGGAGGCCAUAUUGAAAUACAGCAGGACACAGGCCUACACACACAACGGGAUGGAAGUGCAGCUGUUUCAAGAUGUCUCCCCAACCACUCUCCUCCGCAGGCGGGAAUGA